AUGUUGGCUUCUCAGAAUCCUCUCGCCCACGCCCACGACCUCACCCCCACUCCCUUCAGUCCCGCGCCUUUUGCCAUGGAUGCCAUGUCACUCCCCGACGAAGACCCUAUUGCGCUUCCCGCAAGAUUUGCCCGCGUUAAGAAAGCCCUCAUUUCGGGAAAUGAAACGGCAGUAGCGGCGUCCUGGAACAGGCUCCUCUCCGAGCUUCGCAACGAGAUCGAGGUCAUCUCCUCGAGGGGCUCCAGCGUGAUACCAGUCAUCAAUUUCCAGGACAUAAGAAACCCAGCCAACGUGGCCAAGUUUUCGGCGGAGUUGAGGAAGAGGGGCGCGGCGGUCGUGAGGAAUGUCGUCCCGCACGCCGAAGCCAUGGCCUGGAGGAACGAGACGGAGAUGUACCUGUCUACGAACCCCGAGAUGCAGGGGAGCCCCACGCGGGACCCGCACCUAUUUGGCGUCUACUGGACCCCGGCCCAGAUCAAGGCCCGCGCCCAUCCCAACGUGCUCGCCACGCAGAGGCUCGCCAUGAAACUGUGGCAUUCGAGCGACUCAUCGGCCCUUCUGAGCACCGAAUUCCCCGUCGCCUACGCCGACAGACUGCGCAUGCAAGUAGGCGUAGGCGCCGGCGAUUCGAGGUACUACCAGAACGCUCACGUCGACGGCGGUAGCGUUGAGCGCUGGGAGCCCGACGGCUACGGCCGCGGGGGCACCUACGACAAGAUAUGGGAGGGCCGGUGGGAGGAAUACGACCCCUGGGAGAGCGGUACACGCCUCCGCGUCACGAGCGACUUGUACAACGGCGCGGGCACCUGCAGCAUGUUCCGGAUGUUCCAGGGCUGGCUCUCCCUGGGCGACAUCCCCACCGCCGAAGACGCCCUGCUCCUCUGCCCCAUGCUCAAACUCUCCACCGCCUAUUUCCUCCUCCGCCCCUUCUUCGAACCGCGCGUACCCUUUGAGUCCUGCCCAUCCACCGCCGCCUACCUCGACGAAUCAAACUGGAUCCUGCCCCCGUCCAGACCAGCGUGA